AUGUCUGAUAGUGAAGGGCCGGCUGCAAAAGUCCUAAAAUUACAGUCCCAGAAUCCUAAUUAUGAAGCUGAGCUGGAUGAAGGACAUGAAGAGUGGCUUAGUGAAGGAGCACUCACUGAUGAAGAAUACAAUCCUAAUGCAGAACAGAGUGAUUCUAAUGCUGGUAAUGAUGACACAAUGUUAAGCAUGCAUGACUCCAUGGAAAACCCUAAUGCAUACCAUGAUACUGGAGAUUCUAAUGCUCGGGAUGGACAUGAAAAAGAAGAAGCAGAAAACAUUGAAGAGACCCUCAAUAACUUGGAGAAUUCGCAGAACAAAGAAUUUCCCGGCGACUUGGGCGCAUUCUUGAUCAGGAAAACCGACGGGAAGGUGUUACAUAAGGAAGUGCCAGAUAACAGAGAGAGUGAACUGGACGAGUCAACCAAGAAUACAGAUGAUGGACAUGACACUGAUGAGUUACUGAGGAUGCUGGGAGACGACGGAGUCAAAAGUAAGAAAAAACGAACUGUAAAGAAUACCAAAGAUAAGAAGCAGCCAGAGGAGUCCAGUGAUGACGGUGAUGAUGACGAGUUUAUAUUUGAGGGUGCAAAGGUGACCAGGCUAAAGAUGGCAAAGAAUGCCUUUGUAAAGAAGUAUCCCACCAAAGCGGUUCCCGAGGAGAGCGACAAAGAUGAUACAGAUAUGUCAUCUGACGAGGUGACAACCAUGAAGAAGAUGUUUGGAGUGACCAAGCGACCAAGCAAUGUGGCAGCCAAGAGCACCACCACUGUAGGCGGCAUCAAUGCACUGCAGACUAUUACCAAGCGGGUUGUCAGCUUAGAAAACAAGACUGACAAACGUCAGCAGCCAACGCCCCAUAAGCAGAUUGUUGUUAAGCAAGUGCAGAAGCCCGAAGUGAAAGAGGUCAAGGUGAAAGAACCUGUGAAGGUCAGAUCGGAGCCUGAGGAGAUCAUCAAUGAGGAGGAGUUCCUCGACGAAGAUGAAUUCGAUUUGGACGAGGUUAUUGAAAUGGAGUCGGAAAACGAUCGCGAUAAAAGCUCGACAAAGAAACAAACCGAUCAACGCAUCAUGAAGCCCGAACAGAUGGACGAGGAAGUGCCCAGCGAUGGAGACAGCCAGUCGGAUGAGGACAGCCUAUAUGAUGAAAUACCAUCAUCAGACUCCGAAGAUCUGGACGAGUGGUUCACCUUGGACAUCAGAGCGGAGCGGGCUGGAGACUAUCUACCAUUAUUAGGUGCAAAAGCCAAGCAACUGCUUACUACAGAGAAACAACGAGUCGGUGCAAGGCUGGCAACACUGAGGCAAAGCCUCUCUGCGUUAACAGAGAGCGGUCGACAACAGUCCGAGCAACUGCGCAAAGCGACGGCAACACUUGCCGAGCUUGACGCCGCGUUGAAAGCGACGUGA